AUGACUUCAGGUGUGAAUGUGAGUGUGAAUGUAACGUAUAACAGUAUCCCAUGCUGCAGUGCGGGACCACUCACAAACUCCACCGGCGAAUGCGAUUGUCUUAUUACGGAUCCAAACCUUUUUGAUCCUGACGGUGUGGUGAACAUCUCCGUGACAACCUGGAACCGAAUUUCUGGUCCGCUAACAGAAUCAGUUGAUGUCGAGGUAUUAAAGAAAGUCAAAGAUGCUAAUUUCACGAUACUGACAACGUACUCUCAAUUUGGCUCAGGAGUUGAGGGAGCAGGACCGGAACGGAAUAUAUUUCCUGCAGAAUAUCCAGUAGAAUUCAAUGGUUCGUACUCAGGAGGGCCAGCCACUCUGCAAUGGUCGUUUUCAUGCUCUGAGGAAACAAUUCCUGCAGAAACCGAACAGGCUUUUCAGAAGACAUUUUCCUCAGCAGUUAGCCAGGAGUGCGCUUUUGAAAUGAAGCUGACGAACAGUAUCUCUAACACAACUGUCGUUCGUGAAUUUAAAUUGUAUGAAAGCGUGAAGUUAAAGGACUUGUCGAACAAUGGACCUGGUAAAAUGAACCAAACUAUAAGAUUCACUAUUGAAUUUGAAAAACUCGGCACUCAGACAUGUUUGUGGGUCGACAUGGGAGACAAUAGUCCUCUACGAGUAUUUGGUAGCAGCAAUUCCUGUCCUGACUCGCUUGAUGUCGACUCAAUUAAUCCGCAUAUAGCGGUGGAACCUCGUACCCUGUUUACCUCCUUGUACGCUGUUUACACUCAGAGCAUCGUCAUUGAUCAUAUUUAUUCACAAGUUGGCGACUAUGACGUUCGAUUGUACGCGUCAAAUGCUGUUUCCUCGGUCUCCCGUGAAACGGUAGCUGCAGUGCUGCCCUUUGUAUGCAAGUACCCAAACGUCACCAUCAAAGGUUUGUCUCCGAAUUCUUCCAAUGCUUUGAAUGCCCCUCAAGUCUAUCGUUCUGAUAUUCUUAGCCUGUUUACGGAAAACGAAGUAUUUUGUGAAAUCACAGAACAAACUAAGACAAGUUGGACACUUUUAAAACUCGAGGAUGAUCCACGCACAACUCCGAGCGACGUUCUUGUCGCAGACAUGAGGAAGACUCUGUUUCAUACGGUAAACGAUACCUCGGCACUUCAGCUUGCUCGGAGAUUUUUACCUUACGGCUAUUACGAGAUUCGCGCCCGUGUGGAGAUGAGAGGUGUCCCAGGCGUGUUUGGAAUAGAUUCGACCAUUAUUCAGGUUGUGCAGACCCCGUGGAUCCAGGCCGCUGUGAAUGAUGGGUCUUUUCAUACCGUGAUAUUUGGAUUUUUGGGAACUUUGGAUAGUUCGGCGUCAGUAGAUCCUGAUUUUGACAGUACCGAUGGAAUGAACUUCGUCUGGUAUUGUAAAGAUAUUGAUGACGAUGCUGAGUUCAACCAGGCAACUCUCACUCAGGAACCUGUCGUUUCUGAUCGUGAUGUUGUUGGAUCGCAAGACGCUAGUGCGAAUGCAUCUGGGUGUUUUGGCUCUGGUCGUGGACGCAUCGAUACUUCCAAUUCCACUCUCAUCCUGGACACAAAUGUGAUGAUUGAAGGCAAAGCAUACGAAAUUUUAUUGGUAGUAUCGACAACACACCCAGAAUUUGGUCAACGUAAAGCAAUGACCACCAUCUACCUUCAGGUCGCUUUGGGAUUCCCUCCUGUACUCGCAACUAUAUGUUCAAGGAAUUGCGAGUCAAAACUUCGUCCAGAUGAAAAAACCAUAUUGUUGUCGAAAUGCAGCAGGUUCUGCGCCGGAGAGUUGACAUUUAGUUGGUCGUUGUAUCUUUACGACAAUAUCAACCAACAUGAACCGUUCAAUCUCUCAUCAUUGACUGAGGUACCCGAAGCUGACUUUCAAAAUAUGGCGAUGAAUCCAGUUGAUGAGUUAGAAAUUGGUAUUAAGCCUGAUUCGCUGCAAGUUGGUAAGAAGUACACAAUUGCAUUUCGAGCGACUCGUGUGAGCGGAGUUUAUGGCGAAUGCAGAACUACCGUGAUUGUUAAUACACCCCCGGCUGGCGGCCGAUGCAGUGUAUCUCCAUUGUCCGGUGUCGCUUUAUCGACCAACUUCACAUUCAGAUGCGAAAAUUGGACAGAUACCGAUUCGCCUCUGGUUUACGAGGUCUCCUAUGUACGUAGUGAAAGCAAAACAAUGCUAUUCCACCGUUCGCACCCUCCCGGUGCAAAUAUUAGCGUCACUGAUUGGCUGGUGGUGGGGGAUAAGAACAAGAAUUAUUCGUUAACUGUGGAAUUCACUGUUAAAGAUACCGUCGGAUCAAAAACUGUUCAGCAUGUUGACAUUCAGGUUCUACCCAACAAUGUUGUGGAUACAAAUCAAAUUUCUGGUCGUUUGGAUGAAUAUAUUGCAAGUGGUGAUUCUGAAGGAUUUCUAAGGAUGGCCUCCACCUUCGCUUCCACUUUCAAUGACGACCCUGACAGUGGAGAUGAAAAUAGCACUGGAUUGAGCCCAGAAAAACAAGAACAGGAGAAAAAGCUCUUAGAGCAUGUCCUAACAUCCCUCUCUGGAAUGAAACCAAAAGAUGUGUCUGGGGUGAUGCAGUUCAGCGGUUCUCUUGCUCAAUUGGCAGCCAAUCCAGAUAAGCUAACUUCAAAAGCAAAGGAUGCAACAUUUUCCAUGGCAGAUACAUUGACUGAUAGUUUAAAAGAUUUGUCCGACAAUGACAAGGGAUUUCGAUAUGUGAAAUCAGGAGCAAGCAACGUUUUAAAUGUUCUUGGUGGAAUGGUGUCUUCUGCUAGUGGCGGUUCUGGUAAUAUUUCAACAACAAUCAAGAACGAGACAGCGUCCGCAGUCAAUCGCACUGUUAAAGUUGUACGAAACCUGCAGUCAGUGGUGCUGGACAAUUUGGUCACAAACGAAGGUCCAGACACUAUUGACACAGAUACUUUGUCACUGCAAGUGGAAAAGAAGACCGGCACAACUCUUGGAAACACUGGAAAUGAACUGAAGGGAAGCCGUUUUAAACCUCCAUCUGGUUAUGCUUUCGGAAUAGGAGAAAUACUUUCAAAUCCAAACAAAACAUUUCUACAGAAGCAACCGGUGGAUAUCAAGAUUGUUUCGUUCAAACAAAAUCCCUUCAGUUGGGAUAACACCAGUUCAACAGUUUUAUCGAACGUUAUCGACAUUGUGGUUGAGUCGAAUCUGAACAUCUCUUCUUCUAACAUGAGUGAAGAUGUUUCCGUGACUAUCUUACGAGAUCUGUCCCUGUUUCCUGAAGAUUCCAGUUUCUUCAUGAAGCCUCGUGCAAUGAAUUUGACGGAAAAUUGGAAGGAAUAUCUCAAAUUUCAUUGCUUCACACGGAAAAGCAAUUACACGGCCAUGAAUUUUGAAAUCAAACCACAUCAUCUUGGGGUACAUUUAAAUGUGUAUUUAAAAAGAGGAGGUAGACCAAGUGUGGAAAAAGGAGAUUAUGAAUUCUCAUAUAAGUUGCCAGACUUUAGUAGUUGCAACGUGGGAAAUACCAGUGUCAAUAAAUCCAAGUCGGAUGAUUCAGAUCCUGUUCAUAUUGACAUAAAUGACUGUUCAACACAUCCUUACACAGUGUUUGUAUCGAACCUGGAUUUUAACGGAACAGGGGAAUAUUGCUUUGGUAAGAUAUUUGAUAAAUAUCUUGUCCCCAUUUCCAUGGGGAUCCGUAUUCGGUAA